UAAUCCAUUUAAAUUUGAUCUCUGCAAGUCUGAGAAGGGAGGAAGGGAGGGAGCAGGUCUCAGCUUCCUCUCAGACUAAAUAGUAUUACUACUACAGCCAUCAGCCAUGGCCUCAUUAUACAAACAUCUUCUUCUAAUUCUCUUCAUUUCAGUAGUUCCCAUUUCUCAAUCCGUCAUACUCAAUCCUGACUACUACAAAACAUCAUGCCCUGAUUUUGAUCGCAUUGUGUUGGAACAAGUUCAUGAAAAGCAAUCAAAAUUCGUAACCACAGCAGCCGCCACCCUCCGCCUCUUCUUCCACGACUGCAUGACCGGAGGCUGCGACGCUUCGAUUCUAAUAGGCUCAACUUCUGACAACAAGGCGGAGAAGGAUCAUGAAGACAACCUUUCCCUCCCCGGGGACGCCUUUGACGUCGUCAGUAGAAUCAAGACAGCUUUGGAGCUUGUCUGCCCCGGGGUCGUCUCCUGUGCGGAUAUUCUCACUGCCACCACACGUAACCUUAUCGUGAUGGUGGGUGGACCCCAUUACCCUGUCCACCUCGGACGCAAAGACGGCCUCAUUUCUCAUGCCUCCCGUGUCGAGGGAAGUCUUCCCAAUACGGAGAUGAAUGCAGAUCGGAUGAUACAAUAUUUCGGCGACAGGGGCUUCAGUGUUCAAGAAAUGGUGGCGUUGUUGGGCGCACACACUAUUGGCUUCGCAAACUGCGGGAAAUUCACUAAAAGGCUCUUUAAUUACUCCGCUGAAACCCCAACCGAUCCCGCACUAAAGCCUGCUUACGCAGAAGCACUGAAAAAUCUGUGUUCGAAUCCUGAAACCAACGUCACAAUGGCUGCUUUCAAUGAUGUUAAGACUCCAGGGAAGUUUGAUAACCAGUACUACAAGAAUUUACCAAAGGGAUUGGGGCUUUUGACGACGGAUAACAUACUCGUUCAAGACCCAAGAACGAGGCCAAUUGUUGAAUUGUAUGCAGCAAAUGAGACAGCAUUCUUUAAGGAUUUCGGAGAUGCCAUGGUGAAGAUGAGUUAUUUUCAGGUCAAGGGUGAUGGAGAACCAGGAGGUGAGGUGAGGCGUCGAUGCGAUGCUUCCAACUCGGUGGAUUAAGAUACGUUGCAGAAGAGAAACAGAUGGUUCUUAAUUUCUCAAUAUGUUAUUGAUUUGUUGAGUUCUUUAAUUUAACUCGUAAGUGAUAUGAGAAGGGGCAUCACUUGUGUCUGAUUAUGCAUAUUUAUAUAUAUAAACACCCUAUUUUUUA